UGGAAAUAGGAAAAAAGGGGAUAAAACGAAAAGAGAGAGGUUAGGGUUUUAGGAAAACCCUUUGGAGCCUUGGACGGUGAAAGACACUGGUAGCUUGAGAGUGGCGCUUCCCUGCUGUAUGUCAAAAGCAGACGCUCUACCUUUUCACAUCAUCCCGCAUCAGAUUUUACUUCCUUUUCUUUGUUAGAGAUGGCUGGUUCGAGAGAAUUAGCCGCAACGGCUACCGAGUUCUUGAGGGGGACGCAAGGGCAAACUCUGUUCUUACAUAGAGAUUCGCCCAUCAACAGGCGAAACCAGUUGAUACUUGGAACGCUCCGCGCCGGGAAUAAGUCUAAUGCCUGGAUAUCUGGGAGACAAGCGGUUUCACUUAGAUGUUCUUCAAAUUCGAAAAAGCCAAGAGCUUUGGUUUCUGGGGGAGUUAGCAGCUCUGUUGAUGAACUUCCGAGUUUGGUUGACAAACCUGCACAAGAAAUUAUCCACUUUUAUCGGGUACCAUUUAUUCAAGAGAGUGCCACUGUUGAAUUGCUCAAAUCAGUUCAAACAAAAGUGUCGAAUGGGAUUGUGGGGUUACAGACAGAGCAGUGUUUUAAUGUUGGGCUCACUUCCCAGCUUUCCGGCGACAAGCUUGGGGUUCUAAGGUGGCUUCUUCAGGAAACUUAUGAGCCUGAGAAUUUGGACUCGCAGAGCUUCCUUGAGAAGAAGAAGAGGGAAGGGUUGAGUACUGUUAUAGUUGAGGUCGGUCCCAGGUUGUCUUUCACAACUGCUUGGUCUGCGAAUGCUGUCUCAGUUUGCAAAGCUUGUGGGCUCACUGAGGUGACUAGAAUGGAAAGGUCCAGGAGGUAUUUGUUGUAUACUAAGGGUUCAUUACAAGAUCAUCAAAUUAACGAGUUUGCUUCCAUGGUUCAUGAUAGAAUGACUGAGUGUGUUUACAUUCAGAAGUUAACUUCUUUCGAGACUAGUUUGGUCCCUGAGGAAGUUCGCUUUGUGCCUGUUAUGGAGAGGGGUAGGAAGGCCUUGGAGGAGAUCAAUCAGGAGAUGGGUUUAGCUUUCGAUGAGCAAGAUUUACAGUAUUACACCAGGCUGUUUAGGGAAGACAUCAAAAGGAACCCUUCCACUGUGGAGUUAUUUGACAUUGCACAGUCUAAUAGCGAACACAGCAGGCAUUGGUUUUUCACUGGAAAGAUUUUGAUUGAUGGAGAACCCAUGAACAGAACGCUUAUGCAGAUUGUGAAGAGCACUUUACAGGCAAAUCCAAACAACUCUGUUAUUGGCUUCAAGGACAACUCUAGUGCAAUCAGAGGUUUCCCAGUGAAGCAUUUACAGCCAACUAAGCCUGGUUUGCCGUGUCCAUUGGAAGCGGCUUCUCGUGAUCUUGAUGUUUUAUUUACAGCUGAGACUCACAAUUUUCCUUGUGCUGUGGCACCUUACCCUGGAGCAGAGACAGGUGCUGGGGGUCGAAUCAGGGAUACCCACGCAACAGGUCGGGGUUCAUUUGUGGUUGCAUCUACUGCUGGCUAUUGUGUUGGUAAUCUGAAUAUAGAGGGCUCAUAUUCACCAUGGGAAGAUCCUUCAUUUGUAUAUCCAUCAAACUUGGCAUCACCCUUGCAGAUUCUUAUUGAUGCUAGCAAUGGUGCAUCAGACUAUGGAAACAAAUUUGGGGAACCCUUGAUUCAAGGUUACACUAGAACUUUUGGAAUGAGACUUCCAAAUGGCGAAAGGAGAGAAUGGUUGAAACCAAUUAUGUUCAGCGCUGGAAUUGGGCAGAUUGACCAUAUCCACAUAACUAAAGGAGAGCCUGAUAUUGGUAUGCUAGUAGUGAAGAUUGGAGGUCCUGCUUACCGUAUCGGCAUGGGAGGUGGAGCAGCUUCCAGCAUGGUUAGUGGACAGAAUGAUGCCGAACUUGAUUUCAAUGCUGUACAACGUGGAGAUGCUGAGAUGGCACAAAAGUUAUAUCGUGUUGUUCGUGCCUGCAUUGAGAUGGGGGACAAGAAUCCAAUUAUUAGCAUCCAUGAUCAAGGGGCUGGCGGGAACUGCAAUGUUGUGAAAGAAAUUAUAUAUCCAAAGGGUGCUGAGAUCGAUAUCCGGGCAAUUGUAGUUGGUGACCACACCAUGUCUGUUCUAGAGAUAUGGGGUGCAGAGUAUCAGGAGCAAGAUGCAAUCUUGAUAAAACCUGAGAGCCGGGGUCUCUUGCAAUCUAUUUGUGGAAGGGAAAGGCUGUCUAUGGCUGUUAUUGGGACAAUAAAUGGAGAAGGGCGUGUUACUUUAGUUGAUAAGUUAGCUGUUGAGAAAUCUCGUUCUAGUGGACUCCCUGUUCCACCUCCUGCUGUAGAUCUUGAGCUUGAUAAAGUACUUGGCGAUAUGCCACAGAAGACUUUUGAAUUCCACCGGGUUGCAAAAGCUCAAGAGCCUCUUAAUAUUGCUCCUGGGCUCACUGUAAUGGAUGCCUUGAAGAGGGUAUUACGUCUUCCGUCUGUGUGUUCAAAGCGGUUUUUGACAACAAAAGUUGAUAGGUGUGUCACAGGGCUUGUAGCCCAGCAACAGACUGUGGGUCCAUUGCAGAUUACUCUCGCUGAUGUUGCUGUCAUUGCUCAGAGUUAUUCAGACCUCACUGGAGGUGCUUGCUCUAUUGGGGAGCAACCAAUUAAAGGUUUGCUCAAUCCAAAAGCCAUGGCCCGAUUGGCUGUUGGUGAAGCACUCACAAAUCUGGUGUGGGCAAAGGUGACAUCUCUUUCUGAUGUUAAAGCAAGUGGGAAUUGGAUGUAUGCUGCCAAACUUGAUGGAGAAGGAGCUGACAUGUAUGAUGCUGCAACUGCACUUUCAGAAGCCAUGAUUGAACUUGGUAUUGCAAUUGAUGGAGGAAAGGACAGUCUGUCAAUGGCUGCCCAUGCAUCUGGUGAGGUCGUUAAGGCUCCUGGUAAUCUGGUUAUUAGUACCUAUGUCACUUGCCCCGACAUAACAAAAACAGUAACUCCUGAUCUGAAGUUAGGGAAUGAUGGAGUUUUGCUUCAUAUUGAUUUGGGCAAGGGAAAUCGGCGAUUAGGUGGUUCUGCCCUUGCUCAGGCUUUUGAUCAAGUUGGAGAUGAAUGUCCUGAUCUAGAUGAUGUUGCUUACCUGAAAAAGGUUUUUGAAGGUGUACAAGAUCUGAUUACUGAUGAACUAAUCUCCUCUGGGCAUGACAUUAGUGAUGGUGGCUUACUUGUCUGUGCAUUAGAAAUGGCAUUUGCUGGAAAUCGUGGGAUUAUUUUGGACUUGCGGUCACGGGGUAAAGGUCUCUUCCAGACCCUGUUUGCGGAAGAGCUCGGCUUGAUUGUUGAGGUUAGCAGGCAAAACUUUGACAAGGUAAUGGGAAAACUAAACCGUGGGGGUGUUACUGCAAAAAUUAUUGGUCAAGUGACUGCCUCUCCCAUGGUGGAACUCAUUGUUGAUGGACAAACUCAAUUUAAAGAAGAAACUACUCUUCUCAGAGAUAUGUGGGAGGAUGCAAGUUUUCAGCUUGAGAAGUUUCAAAGAUUGGCUUCAUGUGUGGAGUCAGAGAAGGAAGGUUUGAAAUUUAGGCAUGAGCCGUUGUGGAAAUUGUCUUUCACCCCAUCUUUUACUGAUGACAAAUAUCUCUCUGCAACUUCAAAACCUAAAGUGGCCAUAAUCCGGGAGGAAGGAAGCAAUGGUGACAGGGAAAUGUCUGCUGCACUCUAUGCUGCUGGGUUUGAACCAUGGGAUAUAGCUAUGUCCGAUCUGCUCAAAGGAGAUGUAUCUCUUGGUGAAUUCCGGGGUAUUGUGUUUGUGGGAGGUUUUAGCUAUGCUGAUGUGCUCGAUUCUGCAAAAGGUUGGUCCGCCUCAAUUCGGUUUAACCAGCCUCUUCUGACCCAAUUCCAGGAAUUCUACAAGCGGCCAGAUACUUUCAGUCUCGGUGUUUGUAAUGGCUGUCAGCUCAUGGCUCUUUUGGGGUGGGUCCCUGGUCCACAAGUUGGUGGUGUCCUUGGUGCUGGUGGGGACCCUUCUCAGCCAAGAUUUAUUCACAACGAGUCUGGUCGGUUCGAGUGCCGAUUCACAAGUGUGAUUAUACAGGACUCUCCUGCUAUAAUGCUCCAAGGAAUGGAAGGUAGUACACUGGGAGUGUGGGCAGCUCAUGGAGAGGGGAGGGCAUAUUUCCCUGAUGAUGGUGUUCUCGAUCGGGUUAUUCAUUCGAAUUUAGCACCAGUGAGAUAUGCUGACGAUGAUGGCAAUCCUACAGAAACUUAUCCGUUUAAUGUGAAUGGGUCUCCAUUAGGAGUAGCUGCAAUUUGCUCUCCUGAUGGUCGGCAUCUAGCCAUGAUGCCUCAUCCCGAACGUUGCUUCUUAAUGUGGCAAUUCCCCUGGUACCCAACCCACUGGAAUGUGGACAAGAAAGGCCCUAGCCCAUGGUUGAAGAUGUUCCAGAAUGCCAGGGAAUGGUGCGCCUAAGGUAGGCUUAGCUUUGUUUUUGUUGUCAUUUGCUUGUCCUUCGUUGUGCCUCUGCUUACUGAAAUCAUUUGUGUUUUUACCUGCAGCAUGUAGCCUUCUUAGUAAUCGCAUAAACUGCAAUGCACAUGUUUGGUAAAAAGCUUUGCUGAAGUUAAGUGAUGAUGAUGCGGCUGAAUAUCAGAGAUAGUUGGUGCAGCAGUUGCAGAGCUUGAUUAUCCUUGUGUCAAGUGGAAAAUCCUUUCCAAUAUGAAAUGUUCUGAUUAGAAAGAAAAAUAAUUGAUUGAAGAAAUCUCUUUUGUACCCCAAAUGCAAAAUCCAUUCAGCUAUCUUUUUCCAUAAACUUAUCUUGUACCG